GGUCUCCUCAUUGGCUUCCCAUUCUGCAAGGCAAAGGACAACAUUCAGGGAAUACAGAACAAGCUAUUCCCGAUGUUCAUGUCUACGAUCAUCAGUUCCGCGCUCGGGAAUCAGCUACAAGUGGCAUUUUUGGACAUGCGCACCAUGUGCGAGGUU